AUGUCCCUUCAUGAACUUGUACGAUUGGCUGCAGAGAGACAAGGCGACUCCGCCCCCUUGUCUCCUGUCCAAUCACAGGUCACCGUGGGACAGACAUUUGGGUUUGACGACCAGCAGACAUCAGAGAGGACGUCUACCAGCUCAGGAGCUCCUGCUGAGAAGGAGGAGGAGGAGCAGACAGCUUUGGCUCCUCCUAAGCCCCCCAUGCCUCUCACAGAGCACCUCCCCCAGGUGUCCCUCCCCCAGGUGUCCCUCCCCCAGGUGUCCCCACAGGGAGUCAGUCCUCCAGCCCUGCCGCCUAAAAGACGAUCAUCAUCAGGCCCCGCCCUCUCUGCAGGGUUGCCAUAG